AUGAAUGUUGAGAAACUUUUUAAGAUUCCCUCGAGUUCCAUUCCAAGCGGCAAAAACAAGAGAAAACUUGCUGCAAACCCAAAUAUUGAAGUUUUAAAAGCUGUUCGUGAGAAAACUGAAGAAAGAGAAGCCGAAUUUGAGCCGAGUGAAAGUAGUUAUUCUCCAAAGGGAAAAACCGUUCGUAUUUCUGAUGAGGUGGAAGAAAGAGAGUACAUUGAAUAUGAAGAGUAUAGAGAAGAAGAUAGAGAAGAGGAAGGACGGUUUUAUGGUGGAGGUCUUACCGAUGAACAAAAAAAAAUUCUAGAUUUGAUGGAUCGGGUUGAAGACGAAGAGCCAGAAGUUUUAAAUUCUGCGGCUAUCCGUAAAAUGUUUCUUAAAUUUGAAAAAGCAAUAAUCAAGAAUCAAGAACUUCGUGUCAAAUACUCUGAUGAUCCGUCAAAAUUUAUGGAAUCAGAAGCAGACCUAGAUGAAGAGAUAAAACACUUGUUAACGCUUGCCGAGGUACCAGACCUUUACCCAGAGAUAGUUCAACUAGGCAUAGUCACACAUCUCGUUUCACUUUUAAGUCACGAAAACACGGAUAUUACCAUAGAUGUUAUAGAGUUACUAAAUGAAUUGACAGAUGAGGAUGUAGUGGCAGAACAUAAUGAGGAUGCUAUGAAAAUUUUUAUCGACGCAUUGCUGGAAAAUCAAGUAUUAGAGCUAUUGGUUCAAAAUAUCUCUAGACUGGAUGAAGAAGAACCCAAUGACAAACAAGGAAUAUUCAAUACACUCGGAAUAAUUGAAAAUCUCGCAUCGUUCGACCCUUCAUUAUCAGAACGGCUUAUAAAAGAUACUAAUAUAUUGGAGUGGAUGCUUGGGCGAAUCAAGGUUAAGGCAUUUGAUUCGAACAAGCAAUAUUGUAGUGAAAUUUUGUCGAUUCUAUUACAAAACAGCAGAGUCAACCGGUUAAAAUUGGGAGAGUUAGGUGGCAUCGAUGUAUUAUUACAAGUUCUUAAUGCCUAUAAACGCAGAAAUCCUAAGGAUGCAGAUGAAACAGAGAUGAUGGAAAAUCUUUUUGAUGCACUAUGCUUGGCAUUGACCGAACCCGAGAUCAAGAAAAAAUUCCUGGAAGGCGAAGGUGUAGAGCUAAUGCUUAUAAUGAUGAAAGAAAAAAUGAUGUCGCGAAUGCGUUCCAUAAAAGUAUUGGAUCAUGCAUUGUCGACUCCAGAUGGCACAAGUUGUUGUGAACGAUUCGUAGAGAUAUUUGGACUAAAAACAUUGUUCUCAGCAUUUAUGCGUAAGGGCUUGAAAAAGCUCAAGAAAACUUAUAAAAAUUUUUCCGAGGCAGAGGAAGAAGAACAUAUUAUUGGUAUAAUAGUGUCAUUAUUAAAAAACCUCCCAAAUGAAAGUGAACAUCGGUUGCGAUUAGUUGGCAAAUUUAUUGAAAGUGAUUAUGAAAAGGUGGACAGGUUAUUAGAAAUGAGAGAAGGCUAUGAGUCUAGAGUGUCGGCUGUGGAUAUGGAAAUCGAGAAAGAAAAAGAGGCGUUAGAAGAUGACGGUGAGACAAUAGACGAACAAAUUACUGAAGAGUUUUAUUUAAGAAGGUUAGAUGCAGGUCUAUUUACUUUGCAACUGGUCGAUCUAACAAUUGCAUGGGUUUGCUACGAGGACCCGAAGAUUAAAGAGCAUGUAGAAAUCCUUUUGAAUCGCACAGGUCGAAGCUUAGCUAAUAUAAAAGCCGUUUUAGAAGAGUAUCAUAAUUACAUGGGCGAUGGAGGUCAGGAUGAGGUUGAAAAUCCUGUAAAAACCGAUGAUUCGAUGGAAAUAGAUAACGAAAAAUCUGUUACAACGACGAUAACUUCCAAGGAAAGAGCUCGAAGAGAAAAAGAAAUUGUCGAAAUGUUGUUAGGCAUUUUAUAG